CUACUGCAAUAACAUGCUCCGGAUCAGAGCUACCUAUAUACUGUAUAUAUAUAUUUAGACAGCUUAUAGAGAGCCUCUGUCUUUACCUCUCUGCUCCGGAUGGCUGGCCCACUGCGCAGUGCUGCCUCUGACAACAACAGUGAUUGGUCUGUGAGAAUAGACAGGUAUAAUGCGUCUUAAUCCAAUUCUAGCUACAGGGGUGCCUGCUCCUACAGUCACAAUGGAGCUCAUUGACUUCCUCAGGGACACUCCUCAUUUUGUGGUCUCAACUGGCCCUUCUCUGGAUAGUUUGAAGGAUUUAUUUCUGAAAUGAGGGGAUUGAUGCUCUGUGUUUUUGCCCUGGCGAUGUUAACAGCUUCUGCAGAUGAGGAUGAUCAGGAGGAGCAACGGGAGGAGGGGCCUCUGCAGUGUUUCCGCUGUGACCUGGGCUUCUGGGAUGCCUGCUACACCACCAAAACCAACUGCAAUAUCGGGGAGAAGUGCUACACUGGCCGAGGGAAGGCAGGUGAUGUGUUGGAAGUUAAGUUGCUGGGCUGUGUCAAGGCGAAGGAGUGUGAGCUGGUGACCAAUGUGGAGCUCUUCUCCAACACAACCAUCUACAUGAUGACCAGGCACUGCUGCGACACACACUUCUGCAACACCGGACACACACUACCCCUCAACACACUCCUCUCCCUGACUACAAUAACCAUGAUCCUCACCUUCAACAGACUACAAUAACCACCAUGCACCAUAAAGUCCCCAGCAGCACACAUUUAUUACUUAAUUCUGUUAAUAUUCUGUGUUUAUUUGUGAAGGAAUAUGGACAGUAAUUAACAUAUGUGGAUGUGCCAGAUUGAGGCGAAAGUCUCAUGUUCAACCAUUAGAAGCUAUCUCUGGGCUUGGGAAAAAUUGGUUAGAUGGUUUUAUGGAAUUCAAUUUUGAAUAAAUGUAAUUUUCUCAUUCUGUUGUUGGCAUAAACUAAAAAAGGAGACAGAAAAUAAAAUCCAAUCAUAUUUAUUGAACAUUCUGAAUUGUAACUGAACAACAUAAUACGAAUUUACAUUGUCCUCAAUCUUGGUUGGGAUAUUUUAAACACGUCAAAAUUACUUUUAUGUUCUCCUCCAAACCUAAAUAUUUCCAUAGAGAAUACUACAGUAUCUCCCAUUGACUUUACUGUUAUGGUAAAUCCUAAAGUAGUGUGCGUCAAUCUUUCAGACCCAUAGGCACAGAUCUAGGAUCAUCUUACCCCCUCUAAAACCAUCAGCAUCUUGGGGCAACUUCCUCCUACAGUCAGUGAAGCUGAGAUCAUACUGGUAUACAGUAGCGUUGCUGUUAGACAGACAACCGUAGCGUUGCUGUUAGACAGACAACCGUAGCGUUGCUGUUAGACAGACAACCGUAGCGUUGCUGUUAGACAGACAACCGUAGCGUUGCUGUUAGACAGACAACCGUAGCUUUGCUGUUAGACAGACAACCGUAGCGUUGCUGUUAGACAGACAACCGUAGCGUUGCUGUUAGACAGACAACCGUAGCGUUGCUGUUAGACAGACAACCGUAGCGUUGCUGUUAGACAGACAACCGUAGCGUUGCUGUUAGACAGACAACC